UGUUCCCGCCAUCCACCAUCCGUUCGAUCCGGAGGGCAUCUCGAUGCGCGGAGAUCGAUCUCCCGUUCCAUCAGAAAAGCGCUAGGUACGCCAUCUCGAUUGGCUGCCUUCUUGCAUGUCAGCAAAAGGAAAUGGCGCAGUCAGCUGAUGAGAGAAUAUUGGUGGAGGGUUUCCGAUGCGAGGAGCUCAGACCGGGCCUCCACUGCAUCGAUGUACUCGGUAAUGAUGAGCAGGUCGAUCCCGCCGGAAAAUGGCGGCACCUGGGCAAGAAGCUUGCCGAACGCCUCAUCCUCCGCCGUCAGAAGGCAGUGCUGGUGUCCACGUUCAAACUGGAACACUACUUGUUGAAUAUCUGCGAAACGUCAAACACUGAAAAUUCAGCGGGCUUCGACCAUGAGGGCAUGCACUACGUGGUGACAUCCUUAGAUUCGACUAAGCUCGAGCUCACUUUGCCCGACAUCGUCGAGACCGAACUGUUCUAUUAUGGUAUGAAUGUCUGGCUGUGCUUCUUCAAUGAACCGGAGACGUCGAGUGCCCAGGCGCUUUGUCAAGCUGGCGAGGCACCGUUCGUGGACGAGAUGAAGAAUUUCAUCUCCAACUUACGAUCAAUGACUGAGUCACGGUUGUCCUUCGAAUUGAUCGCCGCCAUCUCGGACGGCUGUGAGCUGCUUUGGUUCAAUGCAAAGAUGUGAGGAUGACACAAACUCAUUGGCGCUGA